AACUGUUUACAUGUCCUAAUCAUUCGAAAGAUUGCUCAGAAAACCAGGUGUUUUAAUCGGCGUAUGCUUACUUCGAUUAUGACUUUGCGGCGAUUAAGAUAAACAGUAAAGGGUUUACAUGACAAAUGCAAUACUUGGCCUUCUGCUAUAAUCACUUUUAUAUCGAAUUGUUGGUGUACAUGUAAAGGUACACAAUCAUGCCAUGUUUGGUCUCAUGUAGGUUAUUUCAAACAUUCCAAAAGCCAAACACAACCCAAUUAGAUUAUCCUAUUAAUUUUAGCUGUCAUUUUUAGAGACACACUUAUUUGAGACCGUUGUCAUAGUGAAGGGGUAGCAUAUUCUCUCUUCACCCAGUUUGUCCUCAGAGGCAAAAUGGCCGCUAUAGUUUCAUCGAUAUAAUUUUGCUUUAAAACUGUAUGCUCAUGAAGACGAUUAGAGACACAAUGUACAGACAGCGAGGUGUGCAGAUCGCGCCUGUAUUUCCCGCUUGGCACAAUCACUUUUUAACGCGGCGCCCCCCGUCUGGGGAUUGGAGCUCUGUCUUGUCAGUAAAUUAGCCCACCCUCUGAAUAUUAAAGUGCACUACUGGGGGGGAAACUGAGCCAGACAGCGAGACGGUGACGAAAAAAAUAACCAGUCACCAGACAAGGACGCGACAAGAGCGAGCUCGAGUCACCACUGCGUGUUGAAACUUGCAGUGAUGGAGGGGGAAAUGCAACCAGCCGACGAGGGUCUCUGCGCCCCAAAGAUGUGCAGUCAGCAGCGGGGUCCAUACAGCAGCCUCAAGACCUUCCCAAACAAGCGGUUGGUGGGGAAGGCGCGGUUCGACAGACCCACAAUGGUCGAUAUCCCACUGCUGGGAGACGGAGGCGGUCAUCACUACAAUCACAAUCUCAAUCACCAUCAUCCGUAUCAACAACAGUAUCAGCAACAGCGGCAGCAGCUCCACCAAACCUCCCUCACCAUCAGCAGCAGCAGCCAGUAUCUCGCGACACCGCAGCUGCAGCAGCAACAGCGUUUCCCAUGCGAUAACAGGCCCAGCAGUAGAGCCGCGACAUCUACCUCAGCAACAGUGGGGAGUGUGGCGGCAGCAUCACUUGGCUUCCAGGAGAGGGUCGGCAGCGGCACCGCGGUGCGCCAGGACCCCACGUAUUCGCCUGGAAAAGCCGAGCUCAACCACGAAUCUCCCGACUGCACUUACGGGAUAAGCUCAGAAAAUCGCCUCAUCUUGGAUGCCUUCGCACAGCAGUGUAGCCGGGUCCUCACUCUUCUCAACAACAACGGCCGGUUUGUGGAGCCUCAAGCUCCUCUGCCCUCCUCCCACAUCAAGCAGGAGGACAGCUGCCCCUCUGGACCUGGGGCGGAGUCAAGGCCAGUCGCGGGUCAGGGGGGUAAUUACCCCACCCUGGGCACGCCACAUCUUGACAAGAGCGCCACCGUCGACCCUGAUGACGAAGCCCAGCACAGCCACUGGAGCCAACAACAAACAUCCGCCUUCCUGCGCAUUUUCACUGAGUCCCUCCAGAGCUAUCUGCUCACCGGGAACCAACAGCCCCACCCGGGCCCGGGCCUCGAGGGAGAGCGAUGCCCACCAGCUGAGCCCGAGUCUGGGGGGUCGCCGGGCCACAACCUGGGGGGCUGGAACUCCCCGGCCCCCUCAGAUUCGUAUGGCCACCCCUCGUCCACCCUGCCGGAGGAGGAAGAGGAGGAGGAGGAGAGCUGCUGCCCUCGCUGUGUGGAGCUGGAGCAGGAGGUGCUGUGUCUGCAGCAGGAGAACGAAGAGCUGCGCAACAAGAUGGACAACAUACCAGCUCCCUGCCAGAAUGUGCUGGACUUCUUCAAGACUGUUCUCCAGCACCAUGACCAGUUUAUACAGCCCAUGGCAGAGGAACAACUAACAGAGGAAGAAGAACAGAAAACAUUAUAUGAGGGCAGUAAACAGCUCCUGGGGAACUACCCCCUCUUCAUCACCAACAAGCAGUGGGACGAGGCAGUCAACUCGUCCAAGAAAGAUGGCCGGCGGCUGCUGCGCUACCUGAUCCGGUUCGUCUUCACUACGGACGAGCUCAAGUACUCGUGCGGCCUGGGCAAGAGGAAACGCUCAGUUCACUCAGGAGAGCCUGGGCCGGAGAGACGGCCCCUCAACCCCGUCAAAGUCACCUGCCUCAGAGAGUUUAUCCGAAUGCACUGUGCCUCUAACCCGGACUGGUGGAUGCCUUCUGAGGAGCAGAUCAACAAGGUGUUCAGCGACGCGGUGGGCCAUGCUCGCCAGGGUCGGGCCGUGGGCACCUUCCUGGGCAGCAGUGGCAGUAGCACUAGCAGUCUUUACAUGGAGGCUUACGACGGGCCCCUGUCACAGGAGGAAGUGUACCUGAAGGGCUCUCACAAUGGCCUGGGGGAUUGAAAGGAGAAGGAAUGAAGCCUUGGUCAGGAUUCAAUCCAAGGUGCGUUAUUGAGAAGCACACUAGACAGCCGACAGUGCGCCUUUUUAAAGGCAAUUUCACAGAGAUCGCAUUCAUGGUGAACGCUGCAAAUGUUGUCUCAAGCGUAAAUUAGCUUUAAAGGGCACAUUGUUGGCUGUUUAGGGCGUUGCUCUACAAUGCGACUUGGAUUUAAUCCUGACCACUGUCUUCUAACAUGUGGCGUCACUCCUACGCGAUGUUAGUCCCUCAACCGAGGUGAUGAUGCUGCUGAUUUGUCACCACAGAUGGUUUGUUUACAUAGCAGGUUAGGAUAAUUAGUGUGGCAGGUUAGGAUAAUUAGUGUGGCAGGUUAGGAAAAGGGUUAGAGUUAGUCUUAGCUACAAUGCUAGUUGUAAACAACUGUUGUCCCCGACACGCCCACUAGAUGGCGAUGUGGGCCUACUCCAUCAAGCCACAACAGUAGAAUCCUAAACAGACCAUCUGUGGUGACAAGUCAUCAGUAUCAUAACACUGGUUCAGAUGAAACUAACGCUAUCUGACGUAAGACAAUGAGGAUGAGAAUGUUAGAACUGUAGGCCGAACCAACUGGUACUAACCUGCUCUUCUUCCGUAAUGCUACAGAGCAGGGCAGGAAAAUAACAUUCAAACAACAUUCAAGAGGAAAUAGUCUCCCCAUUGAACAUUCUAAAACAGCUGUUUUUGGGGCUUAUUUUCUUGGGGGGGUUCUGCUCAAAUGUUCCAAUGUUGUAAUAUGCAUUUAUUAAGUUACAUGAAAGCAUUCAACUGUUUGUAAAACUACAACGCUAGUUUUCCCUCAGUCUUCCUUCUGCCAUUGCUUUGUGGAAAAUUUUAGAAAAGGGUUACAUACAGUAAUACAGAAUUUCGCAAACUAAGGGAGCUACAGCAAUCAGUAGGUCUGACUGUAACUGGGUCAUUUCCAAAUGACAAUUAAGACAAAUCUAGUGUGUAGUUUUUCAAUGAGGAUUAUAACAGUUUCCUUUUGCUAUAGAACAUGGCCAAGAAUAUACUGGAAUGUACUGUACUAUGAUGUACUGAUUGAGAUGGUCGUUAUGAUAUCUGUAAUGAGAAGAGAAAAUGAGACAUUAUCCUUCCUUGUACAGAUAUAUUAUGUUGGCUACUUUAGACAAAACUCCCUCUUGUAUUAUGUUCUGGCUGACGCCCAAACCCACGUGGUACACGACACACUGCGCCCCACUGGUCUAAAUACAGUCUUCAGAAAGUCAUAUUCCGGUUGUCUCAGAGAGCAGCUACAUUGGUUGGUUCUCUGAAACUUUUUCCUGGGGGUUUGAAAAGCCAUCAAUUGUAUUGGAAGGGGGCGGAGCCCGGCAGAUGUGUGUGGCUGUGCCUGUGGGUGUUUGGGUACGAUAGACAGAUGAGAACCAACCAGAAAAAGCACAGCCCAUUUCAUUAUUGACACAUCGUGCUGACAACAUCAAACAGCCUCCCUCCCCAGACUCAGAGGCCUGGAUCUUUGGUAUCAGCCAGGCAACUUAUGCUAACCAAAGAUAAUUAAAGUAGACAUGCAGGAUUUGUGCAACUGUACGAUGACUAUUGAUUGAUGGAUUGCCAUUGAUUGUAUUUAAUCGUGAUACAUUUCAAUUCAUUGAUGGUAAAUAUUCAAGAGAUUGGUGGUAGAGAAAACCACAAAAGCCCAGACGAGUUUGAAACUUUGGAAUGAUAACCCCCCCACACACACACACACGCACACACACACAGCAAGAAACACUAUAUUUGAAAUGCCUUAAAGGUCCAGUGCAGUCAAAUCUAGAUGUCCUGUGUCUGAUAUAUAUUUCCGCACUAGGAGGUUGGAAUAAUACUGUGAAAAUCCUAAUAAUGCCCUUAUCGUGUAAGAGCUGUUUGAAACGACUGCCAGAAAUGUCAGCCUGUUUUGGUGGGAUGGAGUUUUGGCCUGCCUGUUGACAUCACCAGGUGGUAAAUUAGUUAGACCAAUAAGAAAGAGAGUUCCAAAUCUCUCUGCCAAUAACAGAUCGUUUUCUGUUUUCCCCUCCCCACUCAGACCACUCACAGACAGUCUCUUUGCUAAGAAGCUAUUUCUGUUUCCUUUUUACCAUUUUAAUUGAAACCAAUCACAGUAAGAUACUUAAUUGUUACCCUGAAAUGAUUUGAUGUUGAGAUAAAAAUGGCUGCAUUGGACCUUUAAGAUAAACUUUAACACCCAUGUGUAUAUCUAUAGUUCUGAUGACUUAGUUGUUCAGAACAUGGUGCUUGCAUCACUGAGUUAUGGGUUUGCCACAUGGGCCACAUAAUACUGAAUAGUGUACUGUAUGUGUGUUAACUGUGUUUGCUAAAUGACUAUAAUAUUAUAAUUAUACUCCCAAGAACUACAGUACCCAUAAUGCUAGCUAGUGUCAGACUGCUUCUAGACUACUAAAAUCAUAAGAUAAGGGCGGCAGGUAGUCUUAUCGUUUAGAGCGUUUGGGCAGUAACCGAAAGGUUACUAGUUCGAAUCCUCAAGGUGAGAAAUCUGUUGAUGUGCCCUUGAGUAAGGCACUUACCCCAAAUUGCUCCAUGGUCACCAUUGAUAAUGGCAGACCCUGACCCGUGACUCCACUCUCCACAGGUGUCUCAGGGAGAGUGGGAUAUGCAAAAAACACAUUCCCAAUUAAUACACACUUGUGUGAAAUAGGACAAAUGUAAGCACCCACCAAGUUUAUUAUUUGUAUUAUUAUUAUAUACCAUAGAUGUGUAGUAGAGAGCUCCUCUCGAUGGCCACUUCUGUGACAGCAUGGGCAGCUCCUCAUAGGGCUUUCCCCAUUUUGGUGUCAUCAACUGGGUAGGACUUGCUAUGAGUUAAGGAAGGAUCAUAGAAUUCCAUCCAGGACAGCAGGGUCAGUCAACCAAUUAAUUAUACUCCUGAGCAAAUAUUCCGUAACUGCAGGUGGCAGUAAAUCACCAACCUUGACUUUAUACCUGUUCUUUACACACUUCAGCAUAGUAGCUGUUGGUAUGCACCUUUUCAGUUUAUUUUCAAACUACCUACACUCAAACUUGAAGUACAAGAAGAAGAAAUUAUCUACUUAAAAAUGUCGAUAUCCCUCAAUGCGCUGCCCAAACUGUCACAGAAGCGACCGUUGAGAAGAGCUCUCUAGUACACAUCUAAUGAAGAGAUUUGAGCCUUUCACCUUCCAAAACACCUGCCAUUAUACUAACUGUUGCAGAAUUCAUCAUUAUGUUACUUCCUGGUCUUUCAGUCAUUUCUGGAGUUGAUUAUAAUAGAGAAUGUCAAUAAGUGAAGAAGAUGUUCAUCAAUACCAAACAUUUUCUCUCACAGUCCUUAACUAUACUAAAUAUCUAUCAAUGUGGCUUCAACCAAAGCAGUGAUUCAUUGUGAAUCAUUGUACCAAUAGGGAGAGAGAAGUCUGCUGUGUUUUUCAUUAUACUUAUUUAAUUUGGGACAUUCUUGUCCUUCGAUAGUGUACUGCACUCGUUUUAUACAUUUGAAUGUAUAACAUUUUACUGUUGACUACAACUUGGUAAAGUUACAUUGAAAAACAAAGACAUGCAGUGUGUGUGUGGUGAAUAACUAUAAUAAUAACAUAAUUGUUAAUAACAAUAGCCCAUUUGAAAAGUGUGUAAAGGUAGUCUUUAAAUAUGUAUUCUCUCUUAAAUGCCUCAGCAAAGUAGAAAAGUGCCACAGAGACCUUGUUAGUGAGGUUCUGUUGUCGUGACGCGUACUGUUUUGAUUGUAAAUAUUUCCCCGUGAUUACUGCACAUUCUGACAAAUAAUCCUUUAUUCUCCAAGUGACUGUGUCAACACUGUGAAACUCCCAAGUAGAUUUUUACAACAAUAUGAUGCUUGUGUUUUUAUUUAUGAUGAAAUAAACAUUCCAUCCUAUUUGA